AUGGCGUCCGAUAACAGCGAGGACCUCUUCUCCGUCGCGAUGCUCAUCGACGAGCUCAAGAACGAGAACGUCCAGCUCCGUCUGAACAGCAUCAGGCGCCUGACCACGAUCGCAUCGGCGCUGGGAGCGGAGCGAACGAGGUCCGAGCUCGUGCCGUUCCUCACCGACAGCAACGACGACGAGGACGAGUGCCUGCUGGCGAUCGCGGAGGAGAUGGGCAACCUCAUCUCCAAGGUUGGCGGCCCCGAGCACGUCCACUGCCUCCUCGCGCCCCUGGAGAACCUCUCCACCGUCGAGGAGACCGUGGUGAGGGAGAAGGCUGUGGAGUCUGCGUGCAAGGUUGGCGCGGCGAUGACGUCCGAGGGUAUAACGGCGCACUUCGUGCCCGCCGUGCAGAGGCUCGCGUCCGGCGACUGGUUCACCGCGCGCAUAUCCGCGUGCGGCAUGGUCGCGGUGGCGUACGAAGGGUGCCCCGCGAGCGAGGCGGAGACCCGAUCGCAGCUCAGGAUGACGUAUUCCAAGCUCUGCGCGGAUGAGACCCCGAUGGUUCGCAGGGCGGCGGCGCAGCACCUCGGCAAGUUCGCCGCGGUGUGCGAGCCCGAGAACGUCAAGGGCGAGAUCAUGCAGCUCUUCCAGCAGCUGGUGCAGGACGAGCAGGACUCCGUUCGCCUUCUCGCGGUGGAGGAUUGCGCGGCGCUGGGCAAGCUUCUGCCCCGGGAGGAGUGCGUGGCCGAGAUCGUGCCGACGGUGAAGAAGUUCGCGGCGGACAAGAGCUGGCGCGUGCGCUACAUGGUGGCGCAGCAGCUCUAUUCCCUGUGCGAAUCCGUCGGCGCGGACCUGGCGCGAACCGAGCUGCUCCAGUCGUACGAGCAGCUCCUCAUGGACAACGAGGCGGAGGUGAGAAUCGCGAGCGCGGGGAACGUCGCCGCGUUUGUGCAGCUCGUCGGCGCGGCUGCGGCGGGGGCGAAGAUCGUGCCGCGGGUCAAGGACCUCGCGACUGAUCAAUCCCAGCACGUGCGCGCCGCGCUGGCGUCUUGCAUCAUGGGACUGGCGCCCACCAUGGGCAAGGAUCAGACCAUCGACCAGCUCCUCCCCGUGUUUCUCACCUUGCUCAAGGAUGAGUUCCCAGACGUCCGCCUGAACAUCAUCAGCAAGCUGGAUCAGGUCAACCAGGUCAUCGGCGUGGAUUUACUGUCCCAGGAGCUCCUGCCCGCGAUCAAGGACCUGGCGGAGGACAUCCACUGGCGCGUGAGGUUGGCGAUCAUCGAGUACAUUCCCUUGCUGGCGUCGCAGAUGGGCACCGCGUUUCUGUUCCAGAAGGGCGAGGGCGACAAGGGCGGCGAGCUCAACGCGUUGUGCCUGCAGUGGCUCGGCGACCGCGUCCACUCGAUCCGCGAGGCUGCGGCGGUGAACCUUCAGAAGCUCACCGAGGUUUUCGGCGCGGAGUGGGCGUGCGCGAACAUCCUCCCCCGGGUCAUGGAGCUCAUGAGCAACAACCACUACCUGUACAGGACCACGGUCGUGAGGGCGAUGACCCUGCUGGCGUCCGCGGUUGGCCAGGAGGUGGCGAUGAGGGAUAUCAUGCCAGCGCUGAAAGAGGCGACCAAGGACAAGGUGCCCAACGUCAGGUUCGCCGUGGCCAAGGCUCUCGGCGAGGUGGCCGCGGCGCUGGAUCCCUCGGUGGUUGAGGGCGAGAUCAAGCCCGCGCUGCUGGAGUUGCAGCAGGAUCAGGACGUGGAUGUGCGAUUCUACGCGGGGCAGUCGCUGCAGCUGUGCGACGCCAAGCUCAGCGCGUAA